AUGACGCGCAAUGAUAUAGAUUAUGGUCAGGUCGGACAAGGAAACAUGUUGCCAUCAACCCUGGGAAAUGGCAUGCAAAUGAACAAUCUUGGCUUUAGGAAAGUAUCAGAGGACGGGAAUAUGGCAGCCAGAAAUGGGGGAAGCACCACGCUAGAGCCAUAUGGGCUCAGGGCCUGGACUACAGAGAGCCAGCCCAAUCCAUCGAUGGCUGCUACGUCCAAGUCGAUAAAUGAAAGUCAUUAUUCGCUUCCCUACACUCUCCAUUCGGAUAAAGUACCAGCUUGGAGCAUACACGGGAUCCAAAUGCCAGCACAUUACUUUAUGGGCCCUGAGUUUGGAACGCCAAAUGGGCUCUUGGAAAUCACCGCUAUAGACGAUCGUUUCGAUGACCAGAAUUUAGUAGAGGGGCUGUCUACUUUUUCAGGGCUUGAUCACGAUUUAGUUUUGUUCCCGAGCGAGCUUUCCCAUGGCCAAAAGGCCACGGUCGGGAGUGGUAAAAGGUUUAACCUGCUUCCAGAUCACCAGUCACUUACACUCGAUACAAACAUCGUUACUCGCCCUCUAUCCGAUUCAUAUUUCUCCCGGUCAAACAACACAGGAUCUUUCGACUUUGUCGAUCUUUCUGCAUUUUCCGAAGUCCCAUCGUUCGCCUCUGCUACUAGUUCUGACUACACUCCCAGAAGUUCAUUCAACCUCUCUUCUACGCCGCUUUCCCCUGUGCCAUCCCCAAGACAUUCACAGACAGACCUCGUUCGUGGAGGAAAUCGGGUAGGAACAUCGCAAUCCCCUCGUGCAAGCGUUCAAGCAUCUCCACAUAGUUUUGACGGCGUCCGUAAACGGUGGUCAACAGGCUCCUAUGGACCACGUCCUAAUCGUGCUACCUCUCCAUUCUUAACACAAACUCAUUCCAGCAGAUCUCGUCUUCCAUCUCCUUUAAUGAGGCAAAAACGCAGUAUUCCUUCGACCAAUUCCACACGACAACAUGCAGGGAGAAUCCCAGUACACUUUCUACAUAACAACGUUCUACUACCUUCGAAUUUUGAAGCGAACGUCCGUUUCAGAAAUGCUGAUCCACUAGCAUCUCAAGGUCUGUUCAGAACCCUACAGAGUGAUACCGAGUCUCACCAUCAUUACUUUGACCACUAUUCCGAGUUUCCUGGUCCACCGGACCUACUAGGACCGCUGAAGGAAGAACGAGAACUUCCACCUCCGGAGGAUAUGAUGCCAAGUGAUCCGAGUAUGACCCCACAUGAACAAGAGCUUCGAUUCGAGAACGACUUAUAUACACCAAAGUGGGUUCGAGGGCACGGGAAUAAGCGUGAGGGUUGGUGUGGGAUUUGCAAACCCGGCCGUUGGCUUGUGCUCAAGAACUCUGCCUUUUGGUAUGACAAAAGUUUUUCGCACGGAAUCAGUGCGCCAACAGGCAAAGCGUUUGCGACCCCAAAAGAAAUGAGGCGAACAGACGGAAAUACAAAUAUUUGGGAAGGUCUCUGUGGGAACUGUGACGAGUGGAUAGCUUUGGUCAGCAGCAAAAAGAAGGCCCAACCGUUCCCCCGGAAGAAUGUUAUUACUAACCGCGUUGAUCACCAGUGCCAUAACCACCCAAAGAAUGAAACCCUCAAGCGCCGUAGAGAGAACACUCCCAGGAGCUGUAAUCCUCCAACUGCGACUUCCCGAACAACAAUGCGGAAACUAGAGUCUCCAACUUCAGCAGGGCCUUCUGCAACACCGCCACUUCCGGGGGGUGGGAUAAUUCCGGAACCAAAGAGUCUUUCGCCAUUACAUACAGUAGCAACGGCGAUUUGA